CUAUGGGUAUAAUCAUGCAGCAGGAAUUAGCAGCCAGUACUGUAACAGUUAACAAUGCCGAGUAGAGCUUGCCCCGCCCGCCUCCUUACUGAGCUGCAGUGACAUCAUCAUGACGAUUCUAACAGGAAGUGCUGAGAAGCUGAGCAUACUGGAGAUUUAGGAGUACAAGGGACAAUAAUAAUGUGAAGGGGAAGGCAGAAGAGAGUUAUUUUAAGUUGUUUAGGACAUCACAAGUUCAGGAAAAAUUUUUGAAGACUCUGAAUUAGUCAUCAUGAUGAAUGUGGAAAUGAUACAAAUGACUGAAAACAUUUUGAACGAAACCUCUGAGAUCCUUUACCAGCUGAAUGAGCAGGAACAAGCUAAGUUUGAUGAAGUUGCCGUUUAUUUCACUAAGGAGGAGUGGGACCGUUUAAAUGAAGAAGAAAAAGAGAUUUACAAAGAUGUUAUGUUGGAGAACUAUCAUAAUCUCAGGUUUCUAGGUCACAUUCGUAUGAAACCUACACUUGUGUCGAGGAUUGAGGAGGGAGAGGAGCCGUACGUAAGAAUUUAUCAGCAGCCACGGGAGGAUGUGUUUCUUGUAAACAAUGGCGUAGAUUUAUCUAUGACAAAAAAUACAACACUCAUUCACCAUGCACCCCUCGAUAUACCUUCCUUUGUGUGGAAGGAUAACUUUGGGAAAUAUGAUCUUCAGGAGACAAAUCGUAAUGUCCAUAAUCCUGCAAGCAAGAUUGAGAUGAAGACAGUUAUAAUAAAGGAAGAAGAAUAUACUAGUGUUACCCCAUAUAUCCAAGAGCAUGACCAAUCAUGCAAGACUCCUAAUAACAUAUCUGUAAUUAGAUCUAAAAGCAAAGAUAAUGAAAAUGUACAAGAUAACCAGUCAUAUAGAUUUAUGCAUUGUACGGAUCAGAAAGUCUUAAAUACACGUGUAGGGCUGGCAUGUUUUGAAUGUGGGAAACGUUUUAGUCAGAAGUCAGGUCUUCUUAAACAUCAAAGAUAUCAUAUGGCAGAAAAAACAUUUACGUGUACUGAAUGUGAAAAAUCCUUUGGAUCUAACAAAGCUCUUGCCACUCAUAAAAGAGCACACACAGAAGAGAAACCUUAUGUAUGCACCGAAUGUGGAAAAUGUUUCCGGCACCGCUCCCAUCUUAGUAAUCAUUUAAAAGUUCACGGGGAGAUCAAAACAUAUACAUGUUCUGAAUGUGGGAAAUGUUUUGCUAAUAAUGCAAAGCUUGGUAUACAUAAAAGGAUACACACAGGAGAAAAACCGUUUGCAUGCACUGAAUGUGGGAAGUCUUUUGCUACCAAAGCAAAACUCGUUAAACAUGAGCGAAUUCAUACAGGAGAAAAACCAUUUGCAUGCUCAGAGUGCGGAAAGUGUUUUAGUCAAAGCUCAAAUCUUAUCACUCAUAGGAAAAAGCACACAGGCGAAAAACCUUUUGAGUGUUCUGAAUGUGGGAAAAGCUUCAGUAUGAAGUCAAGUCUUCUAGUACAUCAGCGUAUGCACACUGGCGAAAAACCAUACAUAUGCGCAGAAUGUGGGAAAUCUUUUGCUAGUAGUACAGAACUUGUAAGACAUAAAAGAAUGCACACAGAUGAAAGACCAUUUGUAUGUACUGAGUGUGGGAAAUGUUUUCGAAAGUUUUCAAAUCUUGCUUCUCAUAGGACGAUCCACACAGGAGAAAAACCAUUUACCUGUCCUGAAUGUGGGAAAAGUUUUAGCCAGAGCUCAAAUUUUGUUGCACAUAAAAAGAUUCACACGGGAGAAAAACCAUUUGCGUGCUCUGAGUGUCAUAAAUGCUUUGGGAGUAAUGUAGAGCUUGUUCGACAUCAGGUUGUACAUAAAGGAGAAAAAACAUUUACUUGCUCUGAAUGUAAUAAAUCUUUUGCUAGGAAAUCAGAUCUUAGUAUACAUAGGAGAAUUCACACUGGAGAAAAACCGUACUCAUGCUCUAUAUGUGAGAAAUCUUUUACUGCUAGCUCAAGUCUUGUGAUUCAUAAGAGAAUUCAUACUGGAGAGAAACCAUUUGUCUGCUCAGAAUGUGGAAAAUCUUUUCGUAACUGGUCAAAUCUCAAUACACAUAAGAAAAUUCACACAGGUGUAAAACCGUUUAUAUGUUCUGAAUGUGGUAAAUGUUUUACUACCAAUGCAGAGGUUGUUAUGCAUAACAGAAUUCACACUGGAGAAAAGCCAUUUGUGUGCUCUGAGUGUGGGAAAUCAUUUCGCCACAGCUCCCAUCUUGCUAGUCAUAAAAAACUUCACACAGGGGAAAAAUCAUAUUCUUGUGCUGAAUGCGGAAAAGGUUUUGUUACUAAUGCAAAACUUGAUUUGCAUAAGAUAAUACACACUGGAGAAAAACCAUUUCCAUGUUCUGAGUGUGGCAAAUGUUUUAACAAAAGCUCAAAUCUCAGCACUCACAAGAAAACUCAUACACGUGUCAAACCAUUUUCUUGUUCCGAAUGUGGUAAAUAUUUUAUUAGCCAAGAAGCAGUUUUUAUUCAUAGUAAAACUCACACAGAAGAAAAACCAUUUGUGUGCUCUGAAUGUGGGAAGUGUUUUAGCCAAAGCUCCCAUCUAACUAAUCAUAGUAAAGUUCACAUAGCUGAAAAAUCAUUUUUGUGUUCUGAAUGUGAAAAAAGUUUUCCCAGUAAUGCAAAGCUUGCUUUGCAUAUGAGAAUUCACACAGGAGAAAACACAUUUGCAUGUUCUGAAUGUGGGGAAUGUUUUAACAAAAGUUCAAAUCUUACCUCUCAUAAGAAAAUUCAUGCAGGAAUUGAAAAUCAUAUACAUGCUUUGGAGGUGGGAAAUGAUUUUUCUUUAAAUACCCAUCAAGUCAGCGAUCUAAAACAGGAAACUACCUUUUGAUUUCAAGGUUCAUAAAUUUAUGAAUUGGAAAGUUCAUAUAGGGAAAUAGUAUAUUGUAACCAUUACUGUUUCUAUUUAUUUUAGAAAAUAACAUAUUUAAAGGUUUGCAAUUAAAGCUUUUUAAAAGAGCUGCAA